UACAAUUACAAAAAGGUUUAUAAUAUAACUCAUAACCCAACCAGAGUUAAUAAAGGCCAGUGGUUAAAGAAGCACAACCACAAAAUCAUAGAUUUUGGUUAUCUUCUUCUUCACCGUCUUCUUCUUCUUCUUCUUCCUCCUCCUUCGUCUCCACCCCCGCACCGCCAUUAUCAUCACCCCGUUUCCCUCUUCUUCCGUCCCAUGACCCGCCUCCUUUCUUAUCAAUUCUUCACCAAAGUUUACGCCUUUUGAUGUUUCAUCGAUGGAUGUGUCCACCGCCACCCCCUCCGCCGCCGCUGCUGUUGUCAGAACCCCCGAUCCUGAAGACGAAGCUCCGACGAGGGCUCCCCCAGCCAAGCUGCUGUCCCCAGCCAACGGCGUGCUGAAGCGCCACCACCCCCUUCACCACCACCACGGGCCGCCGCCGUUUCCGCCGGUUAUGGUGACCUACAAGGAAUGCCUGAAGAACCACGCCGCCGCCAUGGGGGGCCACGCCGUGGACGGCUGCGGCGAAUUCAUGGCCUCCCCCAACGCUAGCUCCACCGACCCCACCUCGCUCAAGUGUGCCGCUUGCGGCUGCCACCGCAAUUUCCACCGCCGCGAUCCUGAAGACCCGCCGCCUCCGCCGUCUCAGCCCCUUAUCGAGUUCCAGCCCCACCACCGCCAUCACCCGCCGCCACCGCGCAGCCCGAAUUCGGCCUCCCCGCCGCCGAUCUCCUCCUCGUACUACCCCUCGGCGCCGCACAUGCUCCUCGCCCUGAGCACUGGACUGUCGGGACCCCACCCAGAGACCAACCCGAGCCCGGCGAUGGCGGCGGCCGGUUCGAACGGGCGGAAGCGGUUCAGGACGAAGUUCACGCAGGAUCAGAAGGAGAAAAUGCAGGAAUUCGCGGAGAGAGUCGGGUGGAAGAUGCAGAAGAAGGACGAAGGUCUGGUGGCCGAUUUCUGCAGCGAAGUUGGAGUGGACAGAGCCGUCUUCAAGGUUUGGAUGCACAACCACAAGAACACGUCUGCUAAGCGAGAUUUCGACGCCAAAAACAACACCGAUUCUGCCUUCGAAAUCGAUAGCAAAAACAGCCUAGAUUAUACCCCCACCGACCACAACCACCACCACCACCACCACCAGCAGGAGGAGGAGGACACCAACGGCGGCGCAGGCGACGACGCCGACGUCGACGGCGGCGACAGUCUUAGUCCACAUGCUGUUGCGGCCAACGGGUCUUCUUCUUCUUCUUAACUUUUAAUCAUGGAUAAAUUAAGAAUUACAGAGAGAGAGAGAGAGAGAGAGAGAGAGAGAGAGAGAAGAGAGACAAAGAUUUGGUCUUGUUUAGAUAAUCAAUCAAUGAUUAGGGGUCACCUUUUUAAGGAUAUUGUUAAUUAGGGGAUUUUCUCUGUUAAUGUUCCACCCUUUUGUUGCAUUUUA